AUGAGCGGAUACGGAUAUGAUCAUCAAAACACAUCUGAAGUGAAAAAAACGGACAAGGAAGAGAAGAUAUUAUCACAAUACAAGAGCCUAAACAGCCUAUCCGAUCGAUACUUUUUUGGAUUAAGAGACCUGUUGGAGACUGGGAAGAGGAAGUUAUGGGAACCCUAUUUCCGAAAAGCCUUUGAAACAUUUACACAACUGUGGAAGUUUCAAUUAGAACAUCGUGCAGUGUUAGAGAAGAAUGGUUUGAAACGUUAUGAAAUAGGAUUCAUUGCUUCUCGGAUUGGUCAACUCUACUAUUUAUACUAUCUUAGAACGGGUGACAUGAGAUGCUUGCAUGAAUCAUUUCGAUUUUAUGAAGCAAUUCAUACGAGGGCUUAUUUUAAAAACAUGGACUUGGAGGAAGUAUUAGUUAAUUCUAUGUUGAGAUACUAUGCUCGAUUUAUUGUUGUGUGCUUAUUUCUAAACAAGAGGCAACUCAUUAAUGACAUUUUACCAGAGUUUAGCGAUAGUAUUAACUUAUAUUUAACAAAUUUCAACAUAGCAGACAAAGGAGAGCAGUGGUCUCUCGUUUUGGAAGAACUUGAAAAUUUUUUGAAGGCAGAAACUAAGGUCACUAUUGACCAAUCAAUGGAUCUCAUUCAAUACAGAUCAAAUUCUACACCCGUACUAAAAUCCAAGCACAAAAAAUCCCAAUCUAUUCAAAAAUCAAAUAAUGGAAUACCAAAUUAUUUAUACGAAGCCCAAUCGAAAAGUGGAAACACUACACCCUCAUCCGAAGAUUCUAGCUCCCCUUCAGAUAAUUCAAUAGAAGACACAAUUUUUUCUCAGCCUCAAUACAACGCAAUCAAACUAACGGAUGCAAUUCUGGUUACAAGCAGAAAAGUUACUGUCAAGUUUAGUGAAUUAUCUCUUGACGUGUUGAGAAUCAUGCAGUCUUUGGAGAAAAAUUCUGUGAGUGAGAAACAGUCUGCAAUUCGCAAGCAAAUGUUAUACCGACCAUCAUGCUCUGACCUUUUAGUACAUUUAGCCAAUACCUUAGAUUCCGAACUUACCUCAGAUUUACCAUCCACAACUAAUGCAACAUUUUUAUAUAUUUCUGCUGAUUCGUCAAGAUUUGGUAUCAUUCUUGAUAACAAACGUAGAGGUACUACUUAUUUUAGUGAGAACGAUGAAGCUGACACCAAUCUCUUGGACUCAAAUUGUUUCACCAUUCAAGAUAUCAUUCCAUUCACUAGAAAACCACUAUUCAUGAUUUUUGAAAGCGAAAAUACUGCUUCCUUAAUUCCUCAGGACCAAGUCGUACACUCCUACUUUGUGUCAUUAUUUUCUCCCAAAAUAUAUAUUUCUCAGAUACAGGAUUCUUCUACAACUGGAUCAUUUUUCACUUAUUUCCUCACGUCUCCCAUUCUAGCAUUCUCUUUUUUAGCAGGAGUUAAGAAUUUGGAAGGGCGCACAUUUAGAGAUUGUGAAUUAUUUAUUCAGAACAGUUUUAAUGAGCUCUACAAGCUUCUUUCACAAGAUGAACAUUUGGACGUAUCUAUGAAAGUGUUCUUGGAAAACGAGAAUACAAGAUCAUACAUUCUCAGAUUUAUGUUAUGUCAUGUGACGAUGAGAUUGUUUAUCGAAAAGAAUCUAUUGCUCGAGUUUGAUGAGAAUUCUGAACAAAAGAAAGAUUAUUUGCCCUCUUCCUGUCCUCCUAUUAAUUGUUUGAACUCGGAAACAUCUUCUGAAACCACAUUACUUAUUAAGAUUAUCUCUCAGCUUGUGGAAAAACUUGUAAUUGACGAUUCGUUAUUCUUUAAAUAA